AUGCAGCCGCCGUUCGCCAGCUCGUCCCAGCCCUGGCUCCAAUCAGCCCCGUCGUCCAACCCUUCAACCCCACCCCAACGAUUCUUUCCGAUGGCAGAGCUACCGGGCUCCGUCUACAACCCCAUGGGUGCCGAACUGGCCACACCUGCAACACCGAGAAGCGUUUCGUUUGAUUACGGAGCCAGGGCCUCUCUGGAAUCGCCCCUCAGCCUGGUGCCCAGCUCAGCCCCUCCAAUAGGCUCGAGCAGGUUCCGGGACCAUUCUUUCGAAUACGACCCGCCUGCCGAGCCUACAUACAAUGGCAAAGUCAUUUCCGAAAUGGACUUUGAAGACCUCAUGAGUUCGCUUCCCUACCUGUCGCCAAAACAAAUACAGUUGUACUGGCGCCAGGCUAUGCAAAAGGAGGCACAGAACGUGAAAUCGAACCCUCAGGGGAGGGAACAGUCCUCGACCUUUUCAAGAGUAAACAUGUUGCAUCCUGAAUCUGAGCGUCUUUCCCGUCUAAAAGCAGAAUAUGAUAUCCAGCUUGAGGAGAAGAAGAACGAGAUCUGUAAUGUAUUAGAACUUCAUGAUGUACGCAUGGGUGCUUUAUGCAGCUUCAUCUCUGAACGCCACUCCGCCGAGAUUGAUAAAUCGAAUGACCCUUCCGUGCGAAGAGUCCUAGAGAUCAUCGAAGGCCAGAAGCGCCGCAUCUUAAGUAUACCCAACGAUGGUAAAGCUUCGUCAAAAGAAUCGACGCGAAUUCAUGAAUUGGAAACGCGUGUUUCCGACCUCGAGGCCCUCGUAUCCCACCGCAGCCAGAAGCUCAAUUCAUACCAGAGUGAGCACAGGAUUUUGCAAAGGGAACUUGAUGAUUUUGCCAAAAUAUCACAGCGGCAGAAGCAAGAGAUCAAAGAAAAGAAUGCACAGAUUAAUGUUCUCAACUCCAAGGUCACCCAGCUGGUGAAUAACAUGGUUCCUUCUGUAUUUCCUACAUCGUCACCAGCCACUUCUCACCAGGUUGAGAAGGAACUGCCAUCUCCCUUGCCAUGCAGCUCGAGAAAAUUUGAAAAGUCGAAGCAGCGCCGGAUACAAUGUUCACGUACUCGGUCCGCGGAUACUACGACUGGUUCAAAUUCGACGCGUCACAGGGAGAAUCUGGCAUUCCCCGAUAAACCGCGACGAUCAACGGUUGUAUGA